GUAAUUUCUUUAAAUGGGCUCUCAUCCAAAUCAAACUAUCUAUUCCGUGCGCGGGCGAUGCUAAAGUGAGCCGGCAGUGGAGAGAGCCUUAACGCUCACGCACGCUAUGCGUAUGACAGACACAACUCGUGCAACUGAAGCGCAGAGUCAACACUCAACCAGCACAAAAUCGACUCACCUAUACAUACACCUAUACAUACACUUCCGCUCUAUAUAUCAAAUUCCCCUCUUCCUCGAUUCCAACCGCCAAUCAAUCCCUGUAAUUUGACCACAAUUUCCCCCAACUAUGAAAUCCCCCUGAAAAUUUUGAAUGGAAACCCUAACCCUAACCCUAGCCCCACACCCAAUUACUCUGUUCAGAUCGUCGCGGUUUUCUCUCUUCUUUUCCGGAGGUUGAUCAAUUGUUGUCCGAAUUCGCUUCUCGAUCAUUGAAUCAAACUGCUAUUGGAUUUUUGUGCACGUUCUGUGAUUUGCUUAAUUAAUUUGUUUUGUUGAAUUUCUGCUUCUUUUUAUAGUUAUGUGAUGGAGUGAUCUGCCCUUAAAGGCGUCAUAGCUUUUGAUGGAUGGAAAAAUAAGGGUGUGAGCAUAAAAAUGGGGAUCAAUUAAGUUUUAGGUUGGCGAUAUAGGAUUUAUUUUGUCUAUAGACUUAUACUUGUAAUCCUCUUUAUAUAUACAUACAUACAUUUUGUCACAUAUUUGUGUAUAAGGGAUGGGUAGCUCAGAAACGGGAGGAGUGGUGGAUUGUAGUGUGGGGAGUAUAGUUUGGGUCCGACGACGAAAUGGGUCUUGGUGGCCAGGAAAAAUACUUGGGCCUGAAGAGCUUUCAUCGUCUCAUAUAACAUCCCCGCGAUCAGGAACUCCAGUCAAGCUUCUAGGGAGGGAGGAUGCCAGUGUGGACUGGUACAACUUGGAGAAAUCAAAACGUGUAAAGGCUUUCCGAUGUGGUGAGUUUGAUGACUGCAUAGAAAGGGCUGAAGCUGCUCAGGGUAUGCCUCCAAAGAAAAGAGAGAAAUAUGCACGCAGAGAAGAUGCAAUAUUGCAUGCUCUUGAAUUGGAGAGGCAACUGUUGGAGAAGAAAUAUGGCAAAUCAGGAAAUUCGUCUAAUGGCCGACGAAAAUCGCCGGAUGCUGUUACUUCUUCAGAAUGCUUGGAAAAUGGCGCAGGAAAUCGAAUAGACCCCGGAUCUGACCAGCUGUCGGAGAGGCUUGGUUUAUCUGUUGUAGAAAAGAAUGGGACAGACCAGCAUCCAUGUGAAGAGAUGGUCAAGGAUGUAAAUCAACCGAGUGGUGAUGAUGAUAGUGCUGGUGCACUACCUCGGAUGAGAGGGUUACAGGACUUAGGUCUCCGGACUACUCCACCAACUAGAGAGGAGCAUUCUGGAGUCGCAAUAUCUCGGGCGAAGAGGAGUAGAAAUGCUUACUUGACAUACGAUUCCGGGGAUUGUUCCAAUGAUAAUCAAACUCUAACCACUCAGAUGGAAAUACCAGUUUCAAAGUUUGAAGAAAGCAGCUAUCAAGCUGAUGCUGGUGAAGACCGCAUUUCUCGGUCUACGGAGGAUACUGAAACAGAUUGUUCAGAAACUGAUUCUGUGGAGUCAGAUUCAGAUGAAGAAAUGGCUGCUCUAUCUGAUGGCGCAGAUUCUAUAGAAUUACAACCUAAAUAUCCAAGGAGUAUUGAAGCACACGAAGAGCAUGGAAGCAUUAGCAGUAGUGAUGACUUUGAUGAAAUGGCAUAUGCUGAUGGCUUGUCUCAUCAUUUACCCCAUGGCUACGUAUCAAACAGCGUGGAGGUUUCCAAGUGGCAGCUCAAAGGGAAAAGAAAUAACCGCAAUGUUGGGAAAAGGUAUCCUGACAGAACUGAUGCCGAGCUUUCCAAAGGAUAUGCGAACAGCAGAAACUCCAACUGGAGCAGUGGUGGUUUCAAGGCUGAUCCAAUAGAUAAAAGUUCAAGGAACCAACUGUCCAGGUAUGGAUCAACAGGACUACACAGUUCCAAUGAGACCGCUGAUUUGGAUAGCUUUGCUUGGAAUAAUCAGUCAACCAUGAGAGGAUAUUGGGAGGAUUCACAAGAAUAUGUAGAUCCUUUCUUUGUCGGUAGGCAUCAUUUUGAUGGUCGGACCAUGUUGAUAGAUGUGGACUUGAAAGUCCAGGCUAACAACUAUCGGAGAGAUGUCCCAAUGAUCUCGCUGAUGAGCAAACUCAACGGGCAUGCGAUAAUAGGUCACCCUAUACAAAUCGAAGCUCUUGAAAGUGGUUUGUCCGAGAAUCAUGUAUCUACAACCGAUUAUUUUCAUCCUGAACCUCUGGAGACUCCUGCACUUCCUUCGGUGUGGAGGACUGGUCGCAGGACUGCAAAUUCCCGUGUCCCCCGCCCGUUUCUGAACGGUGAGAGCAAGCAGCACAGUUUAUUCAUCGAUCAAGACGCUCGUCUGAAGGGAAGUAUGAUGCAGAGGAGCUUCCCCCAGUAUCCUAUGGACAGAAAAUUCUCAAGAAACUCACCCAAGAAGAGCAGUCCGUCGUCCAACCAAAAGAUACGAAGUCUUUCAUCGAUUGCAUCAGACGAACAGCAUCAGAGCGACCCUAGGAAUGACGAGGGCAACUUUCAAGUGGGCGGGCUGAUCAAAACUGGGAAUCUGCCCACAACAGUUGCUUGUAUACCGGUUAACUUGGUAUUUAGUAGGUUACAUGAGGAGUUGGUUGGUCGCCACCAAUAAUAAUAUGGCGGAGCUGUAUGGAUUAUUGUAGAUGUUGAUUGUUUACUAGAUGCAUGUAUAUUUUAGGCAAUAAUUUUAUAUAACUACACCCUGUUGUCACAUGUUCUUGUGAAAACACCGUUUGAUUCUUGACA